AUGUCUACCCGCAAGAGAAAGCAAGAUCCCGAGGAGGAGCUGCAGGCGCUUCCUAGUGACGACAGCGAAGAGGAGGAGGAAUAUGAGGACUCAGAACCCGAAGUCUCGGAUGUAAGCGACGAGGGCGAAGAAGAAGAGGGCGAGGAGGACUUUGACGACGAGGAAGACGAAGAAGACGAAGGGGAAGAAGAAGGCCCUCCCGCCGCCAAGCGGCAGAAGACUAAGACCGUCCCGGUAGUCGACGACGAGGACGAGGGCGCGGAGAACGGCGCCAAUGGCGACAAGGAUGAUGAGGAAGAGGAAGAGGAAGAGGAGGCGGCCGAUGAGGAAGACGAGGACGUGACCGAGACGGCGAAGACGAGCGGUCCUGCCGCCGCGGCAGCCAAGGCCAAGGGCGGCGAUGUUCCCAAGGAAUCGGACCUGCCUGAGGUGGAUGCAGAGUAA